AUGCUUGAUCAUCAUUUAAAAUACGUUCACUUAAAGGAAUUCAAGUUUGUCUGCCAAUUUUGUGAGAGGAAAUUUGUACAAGAAGACGUUAUGAAACGUCACAUCGACAAUAUUCAUUUCAAUCAGUUCAAGCAUCUUUGUACUCACUGUCACAGAGGUUUCAAUUUUCGAUAUGAGCUCUUGAAACACGAGGAAUUCAAGCAUAACGGGGUGCGACUGGUGUGCGACAUUUUUCCAGAAACACAGUUACAUCCACCAACCAAAACACUUCUCAAUGUAAAUAAUUAUGACAGAAAAUUUGUUUCAAAUAUUCCUUACUAUCACAUCAGAAACGUUCACGAAAAAGCCAUCGUCCAAUAUCUGUGUCCGCACUGUGGACGAAAAUUCCGAGAAAAGCUGUGGUUUGAGAAGCACGUGAAAAGUCACGAUCCGCAAUACGAAUCGGAGUUUCGAUGUAACAUUUGCCUGAAAAAUUUAAGCUGUUAUCGGUAUUUGGAGGCCCAUUUGAAGAAGAGACAUGCCACUGAUGAUCCCAGAUUUCCUUGUCGGUACAGAAGGUACUGCUGUGAUAUUUGCGGAAAAGUUCUUUUGAAGAAGAACCUGAAAGAGCAUAUGAUGUCUCAUGCUGGAAAAAAACCAUAUGGCUGUGAAUUUUGUGAUAAAAGUUUUAUUACGCGGAAAUGCUUAAAAAUUCACACCAGGAUCCACACCAAAGAGAAGCCAUACGUUUGCACACUGUGCAAUAAAGGAUUUAGUCAACGAUAUACCUUAACAAUUCACAUGAGAUAUCAUACAGGAGAGAGGCCAUAUAGUUGCUUAGUGUGUCCCAAGAGCUUUGUUACACAAUCUGCAUUAAAAGGCCAUGUUUGUACUGGACAUCGUAGAAAAUAAAUUAUCCGAAAGUGCUGGUGAUAGUCUAUCGUUAUAGUUUUAAACUAGAUUGUUUCUUCUGUAUUUUUUGUUGUCGUCUAUGGAAAUCAAUUAAUUUUUUCGUCGGAGAAUUAUUAUAAAUUAAAAGUUAAAUAUUAUUUAUGUAUAUUCCGUCUUACUACCAAAUCUUCUGCAUUUAAAUCAACUCUAGAGAAGUUUUAGUUAAAGAAUACCGGAAUAAGGGAGCCA